GUGCUGCUGUUUUUUGGGGGGCUUUAGGGACAGAAAAGCGAGGGGGCUACAGUCGCUCUCUCUUGAUUCCCCCCAAAACUUCCUGCAAAAGCGGAGAAAGCAUGUAGGUCAGGGUGUCUGCCAGGUAUUAGCUGUCCUGAAUGGCAGCGAGCAGGCACUCCUGGAAGCGUGACUUAAAGAAUUCGCUGUUGGGAAGGGAAGGUUAGCAUUUAGAGAGGCCAGUGGUUUUGUGCUCGGAGGCUCUGUGCGUUUUCUUAGAAAAGAUUUAAAACCAAUGAGUUUGCAGUGCAGGGAGUGGGGAAACCUGGUGAAUUUUUGCUUCCUGACACUGUAGACAUAGAAUCCCUGCUCACAAGUUACAGUGAAUGCAUGUGCAAUUAGUGAACCCUUGAAUAUCUGAAGAAGUGAGCUGUGACUUUCGAAAGCCCAUACCCUAUCAUAAAUUUUGUUAGUUACCCCACUCUUGCUGGUUUUCUACUGUGACAGACUAACACAGCUACCCAUCUUGAUUUUUUAAUAUGCGUAUGAAAUUUUAUCCAGGUUCUGGUCAGGAGAUGUAUUUGUAAAGUAAAUGCUUGUUGGCACUUUCUGCAAACAAACGUAUGCCUCUGCAUGCAGGAUGUAUGCGCAUUCACUGUAACAUGUCAACAGGGCUGGAGUCUGCCAAGAGCUACCCUUGAAGAGUGUUCAGAAGCUGCAGCUAGACUGCUAGUUGGGGCCAGCUAAUGGGAGCAUGUGACCUCAACAUUACAGCAAUUAUGCUGGCUACCAAUCUGUCCCCAAGCACAAUACAAGAUGUUGGUUUUGGCUUGGGACCAGGUAUUUGAAGGACCGGCUUCUCCCAUAAGUUCUUGCCCAGUAAUUCAGAUCACAAGGAGAGGCUCUCCUGACUUCAACUAAAGAAGCUCACCGGGUGGGUUCAUGAUUAUGGUACAGUAUCCCCAGGGAGUUUGUAUUCAUCACCAGUGCAAAUUUCCACAGAUAAUGGAGAGCUCAGUGUCUGAAGACAUAGGACCAUGGUAUUCACAAAAAAUAUAUGCAAGAUACUGGACUCAUUACAACCAAGCUAUGCAGUGGAUGCACAGGCACAAAAUUGCUUACAGAAGGGCAAUGGAAUCCUUUUAUCAACAGUCUGUCUGCCCUUCUCAAAAUCGUUCCAGUAGACGUUACUCUGACUGGGAUGAAGAUAAGCCCUUGAGAGAGGGACCCUUUUCUGUCUACAGCCAAAGUGGCAGGCGUUGGCAUCCUCCGAGGCCUCAACUUGUAUCUCAUAAAAAAAACACAGCGAUGGAGAGGGGUUCCAAGGCAGUAAAUGAGUCUGAAGAUGACGAGGCUAUUGAGUAUGAUCUAAGCAACAUGGAAAUCACAGAAGAACUCCGCCAGUAUUUUGAACAGACCGAGAGACAUAGGGAAGAGCUCCGAAAGCAGCAGCAGCUUGAGGCAGAACACCAUGACCUGUAUGUCAAAGCGGACCAUGACCUUCACCCAUCAGUUGGCCGAUCAGCACAGCCCCCACUUGAAAAGCCUGGUGAGAGGAGGCUGGCUGAAAUGAAGAAGCUUUAUGGAGUGGGUGCCAACAAAAUCCAAGCUAUGGAGACCACCAUGCAACUCGGCUUUGAUAGGAACUGUGAUAAAAAGCAGCCCAAGUACUGGCCAGUUAUUCCGCUGAAACUCUGAGCUGUGUGUCUCUUGAUCCUUUUUAGGAGACUCAGGGCUGCAUAUCUUGAUGCUCAACCAAGCAGAAGGAUUAAGUGAAUGAAUCAAGAGUCAGCAAAAAAAGUGCUUUUAUUUUCCUUUCCUCUUUCCAACUUUGCUUGGAAUCUGUCAGCCAGCUUCCAAGACUCCAUUCCAGCUCAACAGGAAGAGCUGAAUUGGUCAUUUGUACUGUAGGGAAUACAAAAAAUUCACUUCUUCUGAAAAAUGUAUAUUUCAAUUAAUUUGAAUGUUGGCUUGCGUUAGCUUUACAAGAAAUAGAGUAGCAUUUGUUUUCACUUAAUUGUGCUAGGGAACAAAUUAAAGCAUACAUCAACAGUUAUUAAUAGUUAGAAAUAGUUUGAGGUUUUUCAUGUUUAUACUAUUUUUGUCAUUACCUUGAUUUUUAAAAAAUGUUGCCUCAUGAGCCACGUUUACUGAUAUUGUGGAGGCAGCUUGAUGUAGUUGGCAAAGCUAUAAAGUAUUCAAUAAGUGUAGUACAGCUCUUUGGGUUAUUCCUCUUUCUUUUGAAUAGUACAAGAAAUUUCUCUUUUAGACUGAAAUGUGGCCUGUAAGGUUUCAGUUUAGAACCACCUUUUUCCAUAUUGAUUUUUCUAUCUUUGUAACUAAUUAAUAAACAUUUAUGAGAUUAA